AGACUGUCCAAGGCCAUACUUCAUCACUUCCUGUUUCUUUACGAGGUCAGUUCCUGUCUUUAGCCUCGGGGUUAGGCAGGAAGGAAGGGGGCGUAGAUAUGUUUCUUGGUGGGGGGGGUUAGAAAUAGACGUUACAACCAUUACAAAGCUUUCCCAGUAACCCCGCUGCCUGAUAAUAGCACCCUCGGACACAGCUGGGCAGAGGGUGUCAGCUGAAUGUAUUAUGUUGACGAGGAUGUUUUCAGCCUGAAGUAAUUUCUUCUUCAUUUUGGUCACAUAAAAAUAGGUCCUGAGACACUAAUGCUUAAGAAACAAGAUCUGACUCUUUAUCCUAACUUCCUGUAAAUGUUCAUAUAUGCUUUCCAACAAGCCACUUCAGUGCUCUGUAUUCAAAGGAAGUGAUGACUUCAUGUGGAAACAGGACGUCCCGAUGACCGAGACACCUUACUUUUCCACUGCCCCUUCCCUCCCCACCAGCGCUGUCUCCCUCUCCCUCCUGUUAAGAGUGUGCGUAUGUACUCUGAGUAUGUGUUAUGCGUGUGAGGGUUCGGUGACAGCCUGCUUCCCAUUGUCCUAUCAUUCCUGCCCCACUCACACUCUGCAUCCUGUGGGGCUUCCUGCUAAUGAGGGAGAGAGUCGGAGAGAGAGGGAGUGGCGAUGGUGAUUGACAGAUGAUCUGACAGAGGAAGACAUCAGACGUCGUCUCCGUGCUGGUUAUUAUGGGGUGUGCCUGUUGCAAGCAGAAGAAGUCCGCCAAAGCAGCAGCAGCAACAUCAGCAGCAGUAGACGUUACAGAUCUGUCUCCUAGCAACGCAGAUGGAGGGUCUACCGCAGCCUUGACUUCGGGCCGUUACUGUCCCGACCCCACUCAGACCAUCCCAGACUUCAACAAGGGCUUCUCUUGUGGCACCAUCUUCCCCAGCACCAACACACACCAACGGCCUGGAGGUGGUGGAGUCACUCUCUUUAUAGCUCUGUAUGACUAUGACGCUCGCACCGAAGAUGACCUCACUUUCCAGAAAGGAGAGAAAUUUCAGAUCAUCAAUAAUACAGAGGGCGACUGGUGGGAGGCUCGAUCUUUGGACACAGGCAACUCAGGUUACAUCCCCUCCAACUACGUAGCUCCUGUGGACUCCAUACAGGCUGAGGAGUGGUAUUUUGGGAAGAUGGGGAGGAAGGAUGCGGAGAGACAGCUUCUGGCCCAUGGCAACCAGAGGGGAACUUUUCUCAUACGAGAAAGCGAGACCACCAAGGGAGCUUACUCUCUGUCUAUCCGUGAUUGGGACGACAACAAAGGGGAACAUGUUAAGCAUUACAAGAUCCGCAAACUCGACAACGGUGGCUACUACAUCACCACCAGAUCACAGUUCGACACUGUUCAGCAGCUUGUAGAGCACUACACAGAGAGAGCGGCGGGACUGUGCUGCCGUUUGAUUGGCAGCUGUAAACGGGGCAUGCCUAAGCUGGCUGACUUAUCAGUGAAGACCAAGGAUAUGUGGGAGAUUCCCCGCGAAUCCCUCCAGCUGAUUAAGAAACUGGGCAACGGCCAGUUUGGAGAAGUCUGGAUGGGCAUGUGGAACGGCACCACCAAGGUAGCAGUGAAGACUCUGAAGCCAGGAACCAUGUCCCCCGAGGCCUUCCUGGAAGAGGCUCAAAUCAUGAAGAGGCUUCGCCACGACAAGCUGGUGCAGCUCUAUGCCGUCGUGUCUGAGGAGCCUAUCUACAUUAUCACUGAGUUCAUGAGCCAAGGAAGUUUGCUGGACUUCUUAAAAGAUGGGGAGGGGCAAAACCUGAAGCUGCCUCAGCUGGUGGACAUGGCUGCACAGAUUGCGGCUGGAAUGGCGUACAUUGAGAGGAUGAACUACAUCCACCGUGAUCUCCGAGCAGCUAACAUUCUCGUUGGAGACAAUCUGGUGUGCAAGAUCGCCGACUUCGGCCUGGCUAGGCUCAUUGAGGACAAUGAGUACACAGCUAGACAAGGGGCGAAGUUCCCUAUCAAGUGGACGGCUCCGGAAGCUGCACUGUAUGGACGCUUUACCAUUAAGUCAGAUGUCUGGAGCUUUGGCAUCCUAUUAACUGAACUCAUCACUAAGGGACGUGUGCCAUACCCAGGCAUGAACAACCGUGAGGUGCUGGAGCAGGUGGAGAGAGGCUACAGGAUGCCCUGUGCCCCUGGCUGCCCCACCUCGCUCCACGAACUAAUGUUGCAAUGCUGGAGGAGGGAGGCCGAUGAGAGGCACACUUUUGAGUACCUGCAGUCCUUCCUGGAAGAUUACUUCACUGCCACGGAGCCGCAGUACCAGCCUGGAGAAAACCUGUGACCGUGCACGUGUAGGACAGAUGUGACACAAUAAACGGACAGACAAGUGACAGACGUAUAUACGCUGGCAUGUUACAGGCAUGUUGUAAUACAUGUACAUGCUGUCAUUGUAUUUGUUGUACACAUAAUGUAAAUGGAUACACAAGCCCGCACGCACACACACACACGAAGAUACAUAUCAUUGCUUAAUUGUUUAAAGACAGUUUCCUCCCUUUGGUCAUCGAUCACUGCAGCCCAUUCAGGACAGAUCAGUCAACCAUGUUGAAGAGCAGAGUCUGAGCUCUGCUGGUCAGGCCUUGCAGUAAUGUUGCUUUACUCUGUAACCAUGACAACAAGGAACUGAAAGAAGAUGUAGAUGGUUGUGCAGAGGUGGGGGGAAGUCGAGUUGGUACAUGAUCUGCUCAGCUACCAUAUACGUUGAUUUCAUUCCCUCUGAAGUGUGUCCUAGUAAAUAUAUGUUAGAAUAGAAAAGAAAGCAAAUGCAACAGGUUAUUGGACAACAGUUGAAAAAUAUCAGAAUGAACCUCAUGAACCUGUGUGGUAGCUCAGUAGAUGACGUACAGACAGGGACACUCCUUCGAUGCUCCUUCAGUAACUGAGCAAAGGUCUGCUUUAAACCUUGUUAUGUUAUUUAAAUAAAAACCUGAUCCCAGAUCCACAUCCGUCUCUUAACAGGGGGAAGUGGUUUUAAAGUUGCCUUAAAAUGGUCAAAUCAAGGGCUGUUUUAGAUUUUAAAUACCUUUAAUACUGUGCUAGCAAAGUCCAAGAGAUGGUGAGGAAUGCUCUUUUUUUGUCUGAUAAUUUCUAUGACAAUUUUGUAUGAACUGUCUCUUCUGUUGUUUUAAUUUAACUCAGAUAUAUCUGUGCAUCACAAAGACUUCUGUGACUAGUUAACAUGUAUACAGUUUUCAUCCAUUGGGAGGGCAGGGUGAAAUGUUACACAUAAAGGUGAAAGAUUAAUGUCAGUGGAGAGUAGAGAGUUUUGUUGUAUUUUCUUGACAAGAAUGUAACCUUUAUGUUGAGAUUCCCCUGUCAUGUUAUUUUAAUAAAGAUCAGAUAUCUUUUCCAAUCCUUA